AUGGGUCGUGUCUCUGAAGAGUUGGUUGCUAGUAGCGAUGACUCCGGUGAAGCUACCCGUGCGGUUGAAGCGUCAGAUAUCAAAGCGGCGGAACAAGCCUGGGACCCCAACAAAUCCUCCCGAGCUAACGCGGAACAAAUCUGCACUCUCAGUGGGAUGGUCCAGGCUCUGCACAAACUUCGGUUACCGGGCGACUGA